GUAUAUUGGAUCGAUACUUCAUUUCCACUGUCCACCACAUGGGGCAGUGUGGCGCUCCGACUAGUUCGCAUCCAGCUCUUGGCAACAAAGUAGUUGUUGUCAAACGUUGCUAAGGAUGUUGCCGGUCUACUUUACUCAAACCAUUCUAAGGGGCAGAACGACGGUAAAGUGGGUGUAAAUCUCCCACGAUACAACAUUGGCGACACUAUGGAUACAUGGGACGUCUAACUAGUCGUUUUAUUCACAGUGGAUGUUCUCCAAACAUUAGCUUAGUUAGCCCCAGCAGUGCUAACGCAGCAGGGUUGCAACGCUUUUAGUCUGCGGACUUAACUUGCUGAUUUAUUUUAUUCUGAUACGUCAUUGGUUAAUAUCGGGGCGAUGAAACAAGCGGAGUUUGCGAUAAGUGGAGCUACAGGUCACACCGGCGCUGAUUUAGCAGUUCACUAACCCGAGCAUGUAGCUUAGCUUGUGGCUAGCCGCUAACAAAACAAACAUGACAGAGAAUGGAGUGGACAGCAGUCCGCGCUGUGACAGCUCGGAAACAGUUGUCGGUGACAGCGGGACGCCCAAGACCACAAGCAAGCUCUGCAAAGACUUCAAAAACAGCCUGAAACUGCAGCAGGAUGCAAGGAACGCAGCAGGGGACAGCCCUUACCAGCCUCGGCCGCCCUCACUGCCCAGAACAUGGAAGGGCAGGAAGGUGGGCAUUCCGGUGGAGACUGUCCGAGCCAGGAGGCUGAGAUCCAGCCAGGAGAGCCUGAGCGACCCAGUGGGCUCGUCAACAGACUCCCUUAAGGAGGACCAAGCAGUUUCACCUACAGUCGGGUUAGCUCUUGCUCCUGCAUCCCCACUUAAGAGUGACCCCAUUGUGGGCUCUGCUGCCUCAUCGGGACCCUCUGUGUUCCGAAAGAGAGGUGGCAGCCUCUCCGAGUGUGAUCACAGACCGACCAGCCAGCAGCAGAAGGAGGACUCCCCAGAGCUCCGGGUGAGGUCCGCCCGGAUGCGCCUGUCCCCGCUGCAGUUCACCGUCCCGCUACCGCCCCUGCAGCAGAACUUGGUUUCCACCGCCCUGAGGGCAGCUAAUAGGAUUGACAAGGAUCUGUUGGAUUAUGGGGCGAGGAGCGGGCAGAGGCUGCAUCGAAACCUGAGCGAGAGCCGGCUCCUGGACGACGCCCUGUCGGAUAGUGUUUCCGUCAACUCCAUGAGGUCCACCAGCAGCGUGCUGAGCCCCAUCAAGCCUCAGGAUGUGAGGAACAGGAGCUUCCUGGAGGGAGGUGGCCUGGGGAGCGGCGCCCUGCUGGGGGUGGAGGAGCUCACGCGUUACUUCCCCGACAGGAGGCUGGGGCUCUACAUCGUCACCUGGAACAUGCAGGGGGAGAAGGGCUUACCAUCCAACUUGGACGACCUCCUACUCCCGGCUGACUCUGAAUUUGCACAAGACUUUUACAUCAUCGGGGUGCAGGAAGGUUGUCCCGACAGGAGGGAGUGGGACACACGCCUGCAGGAGACGCUAGGGCCGCAUUACGUCAUGCUCUACGCGGCCUCACACGGCGUCCUGUACCUCACUGCGUUCAUCAGAAGAGACCUCAUCUGGUUUUGCUCGGAGGUGGAACACGCCACAGUGACAACCAGGAUCAUCUCACAAAUCAAGACCAAAGGGGCUGUGGGCAUCGCUUUGACCUUUUUUGGCACUUCCUUCCUCUUCAUCACAUCCCACUUUACCUCUGGAGACGCCAAAGUGUACGAGAGGAUUUUGGACUACAACAAAAUCGUGGAAGCUUUAGCUCUCCCUAAAGGGCUACCUGAUACCAACCCUUAUCGCUCAACCUCAUCCGACGUCACCACAAGGUUUGAUCAGGUCUUCUGGUUCGGAGAUUUCAACUUCCGGCUAGGUCACGACCGGGCCGGCGUGGAGAGCAUCAUGGAGCGCGCAGCGGGUGGCGACAUGGCCGCUCUGCUGGCGCACGACCAGCUCUCCAAGGAAAUGAAAGACGGCUCCAUCUUUAAGGGCUUUCAAGAAGCACGCAUCCAAUUCCUGCCUACGUACAAGUUCGACAUCGGCAGCGACAUCUACGACACCACCGCCAAGCAGAGAACGCCUUCGUACACGGACCGGAUUUUGUUCCGGACCAGGUACGUCGACGACAUCCACGUGCUCAAGUACACCAGCUGCUCCAGCAUCAAGACCUCGGAUCACCGGCCUGUCGUCGGCGUCUUCCACGUCAAAUUGAAAGCAGGCAGAGACACGAUUCCUCUGGGAGCCGGCCAGUUCGACCGCGUCUUGUACCUGGAGGGCAUCAAGAGGCGAAGCACCCGAGAGCUGAAGAUGAGGGAGGCGAUGAAGAACCAAAGCAGCGUGUGCGCCAUCUCUUGAAAACCUUUCCAAAACACAGAGAGGCAUUCUGGGAGACCAGAGAAUGACCCGCUCGCUGCAGGACGUGUACGGGCAUGUCUCACGAAACGGCGGGACGCAGAGAGGGCGUGGCUGCACUUGAGGGCGGGAACCUUGACAGCAGUCAGUGCCGCUCCAAACACAACGGAACGCCGACUUUUUAAAGCGUGUUUUUUUGUGGUCAUACUGCUAUCAGUAUUAAAAUGCCUUGUAACUUUUGUAACCAGUCACAAGGAGCUGCUACUUUAAUGUCACUAGAUGGAAUAUUUUACUACAUUCAUGAUGCCUUACAUUGCCUCAUAUUACUGUUACGUGUAGCUUUGGAUGCCAUUUAAUCCAUGUCAUGAACCACCAUGCCAUGAUUUGGCGUUUCCAGGAAAAAAAAAGACAAAAAGUGCCUGAUCGCAUUUCCUCAGAAUCUCUUUAGCUGCAUCUUUUUCUACAGUAAAACGCUAACAAUAAAAAAUUGUUUUUAA